CGCACAUUUUAGAUGCAAUACCGUCAGAAACGCUCGAUCCCUUAAAACCUGCAGAAGCCUCGACGAUUCGGCUAAAGAUGCGAGGGAGACCUUCGCUCGCUAACCGCGAUCCGUAGACCGGCUGAAUUUUUUAUGAAAGCGAGAUCUCUCCUCCUCCUGGAACAAUGCCUCACCAUGGCCCAGAUGAAGCAGAUCCAGUCCCACCUCGCCGUUUCCGGCGCCCUCCUCGACCCCUACGCCGCCGGCAAGGUCGUCGCCUUCUGCGCCCCCCGCGACUUCUCGCACGCCCACCGCUUCUUCCGACAUCUUCCUCGUCAUUGCCGGACCGCUUACGUCUGCAACACCAUGAUCAAGGCUCUCGUGGAUGCCAGGGAGCCCGGGUCCGCUCUGGCUCUGUACCAGAGAAUGGUGGCGGAUUCCGGCUUCUUGCCCAACAACUACACGUUCUCCUUCUUGCUCACGGCUUGCGCCCAGCUCGGGGACGUUCGCUCGGGGUCUAGCUACCACUGCCAGGCCAUCCGGCUGGGAUGGGAAUCCUAUGACUUCGUGCAGAAUGGGUUGAUUCAUCUGUACGUCACUUGCGAUGCUCUCGAAUCGGCUCGCAGCAUUUUCGACGCGAGUGCGAACCGAGACGUGAUCACCUGGACUGCUCUCAUUAAUGGGUACGUGAAGUCUGACCAGGUGGAUGUCGCGCGCAAUCUGUUCGACGAAAUGCCGGACAAGAAUGCCGUUUCUUGGAGCGCGAUGAUCAAUGGGUACGUGCAGGCUGGCCUGUUCAGGGAGGCUUUAGAGCUUUUCAACGCCAUGCAGACUCUUUCCGGGCUUCGUCCGAAUCAUGCAGGGGUCGUCGGCGCACUAACCGCCUGUGCCUUUCUUGGCGCUUUGGAUCAAGGAAGGUGGAUACACGCCUACGUGGACAGGACAAAGAUGAAGCUAGAUACGAUAUUGGGCACUGCACUUAUCGACAUGUACUCGAAAUGCGGUUGCGUGGAGAUGGCUCAUCGCGUUUUCGAGGAGAUGGAGGAGAGAGAUGUGUUUGCCUUUACUUCCUUGAUUUCAUGCCUGGCGAAUCAUGGUCGCAGUAGAGAUGCGAUUGAGCUGUUCGGGAGGAUGAUGACCGAAGGAGUUGCGCCUAAUGAAGUUACUUUCAUAUGCGUGCUAAGCGCUUGCAGUCGGAUGGGUAUGGUCGACCGCGGUUUGGAAAUAUUCGGAAGGAUGAGCGAGAAAUACGGGAUCGAGCCGGGAGUUCAGCAUUACGGGUGUUUGGUGGAUCUAUUAGGCAGAGCCGGGAUGCUGGAGGAGGCGAAGCGGGUAGUGAGAGGUAUGCCGAUGGAGCCCGACUCUUAUGCUCUCGGGGCAUUGCUCAAUGGAUGCAGAGUUCAUGGUGAUGUGGAGUUGGGAAGAGAAAUGGUCGAGAGCAUAAUUCAAAGGAGGCUCGACCACGGCGGAGUUCACGUGUUGCUUUCGAAUCUAUAUGCCUCGACGAGCCAGUGGGACGAUGUUGUGAAAGUGAGGAAAGGGAUGGAGGAGAACAGGGUUAAGAAGGUUCCCGGAUGUAGUUCGAUUGAAGUGAAUGGUGAGGUCUGCGAGUUCGUUGUGGGAGACCGGUCCUUUGCGCUCAUCGAAGAGGUCGCAACACUGUUACGUGGGAUCGAGAAGCAUUUGAAGUCCCUUCGCCUGGAGGAGGAGGGCGACAUGGGAUUGGCGGACAAUUGUUUCUUCUAACAUGUAUAUCACCGGUGCAUAAAUUCAACAAGAGCGAUCGCUCUCCAUGUAUAUCACCGUUGCAUAAAUUCAAUUAGACCGAUCUCUCUCCAUUUGAAGA